UGUACUCCCGGAAUUCGCUUUCCUUUGCCUUUCGCCAUCAGAGAAUCGAAGAAAACAUCAUAUUCUAAGUCACCAGUCAGCAAUACGGUAUGGCAAUGAGGGCAAUCGAGACGCACUGCUGUGAUGGGUUCAGGGAACGAUUAUGCCAUGAGAAUUCAUCAUCUUAUCAGUCACUGUGAGAAAAACAUAUGUAACAACUGUACAGUCGCUUACAUCAGCUGGAACGUAUGUCGCCCACCUCGCUUCUCCAACAGCUCACCAUCUCCAUUCACAACAGCUAAAAUGAGAGAGAAGUGGAAGAAAAAGAGGUCUCGCAGACUCAGGCGCAAGCGCAGAAAGAUGAGAGCACGUUCCAAGUAAAAGAAACGGCUUAGCAUGUGCUGUCGUAUCGCAAGCCGCGAGUAGGACCUGA